CAUCCAUAUCUCCUUUCCCCUUCACAUUUCUCUCUAAAAAAUUCACACAAAUCUCUCUCUUCUCUCGCGCUAUAUAUAAUGCUUCUGAAAGUUGCACCUGCUUCUGGGUUAUUGAAUUCCCAUGGGGAAACUCUGGGCCCUUUGUUUUCGGCUAUUCAUUCGCACAAGAGUUUCGUGGGGAGAAGUGGAAAUGGGUAUGUGAUAUGCGCAUCGAAACCGACAAGCAGCAAGCCUUUAACCGGUGUUAUUUUUGAGCCCUUUGAAGAGGUAAAGAAGGAGCACAUGCUUGUGCCCUCUGUUCCCCAAGCUUCGCUUGCUCGCCAAAAAUACGCCGAUGAGUGUGAGGCCGUUAUCAACGAACAAAUCAAUGUGGAGUAUAAUGUUUCGUAUGUCUAUCAUGCCAUGUUUGCCUACUUUGAUAGAGAUAACAUUGCUCUCAAGGGUCUUGCCAAGUUUUUCAAGGAGUCCAGUGAAGAGGAAAGACAGCAUGCUGAGAAAUUUAUGGAAUAUCAGAACAAGCGAGGUGGAAAAGUUAAGCUUCAGUCUAUUUUGAUGCCAGUUUCAGAGUUUGAUCAUCUUGAAAAGGGUGAUGCAUUAUAUGCUAUGGAACUUGCAUUGUCUUUGGAGAGGCUGACAAAUGAGAAGCUUCUAAACGUGCACGCUGUAGCCUUCCGAAACAAUGAUGUGCAGUUGGCUGACUUUAUUGACAGCGAGUUCUUGGCUGAGCAGGUGGAAUCCAUUAAGAAGAUAUCAGAAUAUGUUGCCCAGCUGAGAAGAGUAGGCAAAGGACAUGGAGUGUGGCACUUCGAUCAGAUGCUUCUCCAGGAAAAGCAAGCUGCCUGACUGAAGCUUAGUCUUAGCCCUCUUGGAGUGGUUUCUUGCAGAAUUAGUUUUCUAGAUUUUGCUAGAGAUUUUCGGAGUUUUAGCUUGUGUUGCAGCAGAUGAAUGUUAGUUCUAGUAUCUUGUGUCAACUUAGUCAAAGAUUUCAAAUUCUCGGUAGAUUCUGCUCUACAACUUUUAAGAUGGAACUCAAAUAAGAGCCUGUUUGAUAGAAUUUAUUUGAGAAUAAUGAGUUAUUGAAUAGUACUUUUUGGAAAA